GAUUCAUCGUCGCUCAAAAAAAAAAAGUUGAGAUGCUUCUCUCCCUUUCAAGCCUCACAACGUUCUCCCGAACUCAGACUUUACAGUAUCUCUCACGGGCCACGGAUCUCACGUCUUUCGCUCACCGUUCUCUUCAGCCCCUGUCAGAACAUUUUAUUCCCUCUUGUCUCAUUGGUGACACUUUCCCUGUGUGACUCUUAACCCUGGUGUCGUUUCCUUUUCUCGUCACGGUCUCUCCUCCUUCAACAUCUUUCCCUCACCCGGUUUCACCCAUAGUCUGACCCAUAAUAUUCUAUACAAUCUCUUGGUUUUGUCCUCCGGCACAUAAAUUGUAUCCUCACCUGCACUCCACUGUUGCGCCCGGGCAUCGAAAUCCAGACCAGUGGCAUCGGAUCCUGCACCGUUGUCCCUUCGUCGGAGAACCACAUAAGAUAGCUCCCUGCCUCCGAUACCCAAUUCUCCAUAUGCUCUACAAACUCUCAAGACACUCCAAGUCGAGGACCAACCUCAUUAACCUCGUCCACUCCGCCAACAUGACUACCAGUACAACAACCCAGGCUCCUGUUGCCCAUAACGUGGGCAGUCUCGCCGCCGUCACAUCUCCCACCACUGCUCAUCUUCCCGCACACCACAAACCCAAGCACAACGCUCCGGCAGCACACGUGCCCAACAGAGCGGCACAUUUCGACACCUCCCUCUCCAUUCCAGUCCGCAAAUAUCUCCAGACCUAUGGUCUAACUCCUCCUCGCGCCGAGAGCUAUGAAGUCCAAAAGAAGAGGUGUCUGGCUCAAUUGGCAUUGAAAACCACAGACAUCGAGAGAUUUCUGUACCUGAGCACUCUGAGAUACAACAAUGUCCACCUCUUUUACAGAUUGCUCACGGACCACUUCACCGAGCUGACUCCCCUGGUUUACACCCCUGUGGUCGGAGAGGCCUGCCAGAGAUGGUCAGAAAUCUACCAGCAGCCUGAAGGAAUGUACCUCAGUUUCGAGGAUAAAGGACAUCUUUCAACCAUUAUACAGAACUGGCCCCAGCAGAAUGUAGAGAUCACCGUCGUCACCGACGGAUCCAGGAUCCUGGGCCUGGGUGACCUCGGAGUGGGCGGCAUGGGUAUUCCCAUCGGCAAGUUGGCUCUGUAUACUGGCUGUGCUGGUAUCCGACCGGAAGGUACUCUGCCCUUGACAAUUGACCUUGGAACCAGCAACAAGGCCCUUCACGAAGACCCGUUGUACAUGGGGAGCCGCCGAGACAAAGUCACCCAGGCAGAGGAAAUCGAAUUCCUUGACGAACUGAUGGCGGCCUUGAAAGAACGCUGGCCUGACAUUGUGAUCCAGUUCGAGGAUUGGAAGAAUCCUUUCCCAUCUCUGGAACGCUAUCGACAAGACUAUGCCAUGUUCAAUGACGACAUCCAAGGAACCGGUGCUGUCAUCAUGGGCGGCAUUAUUGGUGCCGUGAAGCAGUCAGGCACUGCACCCAAAGAUCACCGAGCUGUCUUCCUGGGCUCUGGCUCCGCUGGCGUGGGCGUCGCCAAGCAGAUUGUUGACUACUUUGUGCAUGAAGGCCUGACUGAAGACGAGGCCAAGUCCUGCUUCUGGCUCGUCGACAGCAAAGGCCUUGUAACGCAAGAUCGUGGCGACAAGCUUGCUGAGCACAAGAUUUACUUCUCAAGGACAGAUAAUAAUGGCCAACAGUUCAAGAAUCUGGACGAGGUCAUCGAGUAUGUCAAGCCAACCAUUAUCAUGGGUCUCAGCACCAUCGGCGGCGCCUUCACCCCGGAGAUCCUACAAAAGAUGGCCAAGUGGAAUGAAAGACCAAUCAUCUUCCCACUUUCCAACCCGUCCUCCAAGUCGGAGUGCACGUUCGAGGAAGCAAUUGUCCACACCGAAGGUCGUGCUCUGUUUGCAUCAGGCUCGCCCUUCCAGCCCGUUAUGUACAAUGGAAAGAUGUAUCAUGGUGGUCAGGGAAACAACAUGUACGUUUUCCCUGGCAUUGGUCUUGGUACCAUUCUUUCCAAGUCGGUACAAGUGACGCAGGGCAUGAUCUAUGCUUCUGGUGAAGCAGUUCCAACUAUGAUUACUGAGGAAGAAAAGCAACUUGCUCUCUUGUAUCCUUCCGUUACUCGCAUUCGUGAUGUCAGUGCCCGUGUAGCACUGCACGUCAUUCGUGCCGCGCAGAAGGACAAUGUCGACCGUCUACACCACUUGCGAGAGAUGGAUGAUGCGACUUUGGAAGCCUGGAUCAAGGACAAGAUGUAUGACCCCCACAAAGAGACACAGGAACUCGAGGAUGAGGUGCGCGAGCUUGUGCAGGAUUUCUCUGCGACUCCACGACUGUAGAUUGUUGCGAUGCAGAUGUAAUAGCUUUAUGGGAUACCCUUUUUACUAGUUGCUGGAUGAAUUAGCGGCGGGACCUGAACGGUAUGGCUAUAUUAAAAUCUCAUUAUUGUUACACAUCCCAA